AUGGCAGCGCUCGAAAUCCCAAUCAUUGACUUUUCUGGGUUCUACUCUGAGGACCCUCUUCAGAAACAAAAGGUCGUAGACCAAGUGCGCGACAGCUGCCUGUACAAUGGCUUCUUCCAGAUAGUAGGCCACUCGGUGCCUCUGGCGCAGCAGAAGGCCGCCAUGAGCGGCGCCAAGAAGUUCUUUGCUAUGCCUCUCGAAGAAAAGCAAAAGGUCGCCAAGGAGAACACAACGUGGAACCGCGGCUACGAGAUGCUAAGGUCACAGAUCCUCGAGGAGGGAACUCAACCAGAACUCAAGGAAGGGUUCUACAUCGGUGCUGAGAUCCCUGAGGACCACCCUUACUUCAUCAACAAGAAGCUCAACAGCGGACCGAAUCAGUGGCCCGAGGGUCUGGGUAGUGACUUGCAGAGCUUCAGGGAUUCCUCGAUGGAGUACUACUCUUCGGCUCUCAAACUUGCUUCGGAUCUCAUGCGGGUCAUUGCACUAUCAUUGGACCUCGAGGAGACCUACUUUUCCAAGUUCAUGGAUGGAGCUGUGGCGACAAUGAGACUUCUGCACUACCCGUCGCAACCCAAGGAUGCGGACGAGAAGUUGACUCGCGGAAUUGGUGCCCACACCGACUUCGGUGCCAUAACUAUGCUUCUUCAGGAUGAGGUCGAUGGUUUGCAGGUAUGGGACAAGAAGAACGAGACAUGGAUCGACGUCCCACCAACUGAAGGUGCCUUUGUUGUGAACUUGGGUAACCUUAUGGCAAGAUGGACCAACGAAUUGUACAAGAGCAACAUUCACAGGGUCAUCAACAAGUCUGGCCAGGAGCGAUACUCCAUCCCCGUCUUUGUCUCUGGCAACCCAGAUUACCUGGUUGAAUGCAUCCCCACUUGCAAGUCGGCGACGCAGCCAGCCAAGUUUGGACCGGUCACAGUUGAGCAGGCAGUCUCUGCUUCGUAUGCAGAGUCGUAUGGAAGAGCACAAUUGUACAAACAGGGUUUGGAGCACGCUACGGCUAACAAAGUCAAGGCUCAGGAAGCCCAACCGGCGCAGAUUGCUGUUGCUUGA